AUGGCGCCCGCCGAACCAAACGCAAAGCCUUUUGAGCUUUUGACCACUGAAGAGCCGGAUUUCCCGGAAGAGCGAGAAGGAUGGAAAGGAUAUAUCGAGUGGGAGCGAUACCCAGAAAAGAAGAAGAAGGCGGCAGAAAUUUUAGCGAAAUAUGACUUUCCUGUACCUCCCGAGUUCCAGAUGAAGCCGUUACCCGACACCAAUCCAGUCUUAGAGGGCGUGCGAUGGAAACACUACCACUACGCUUUGGGUAAAACGACCAAGGAUCUUCCAGCCAUUUCAUGGGAGUACGUCAAGAAAGAGAAGAGCGAUGACAUGAUUCAUGUCCUGCAAUUCCCUUACAACGGAGAGCCGCAACGAAAGCGCCUGGUCGAGAAUGAGAUUACUUCCAACAAAGACCACUUUAUUCGGAACCAUGGAGGUGUUCCUGAGAUUGAUCCAGAGAAGUACUUCUUUGAGGUCGAAGGUCUCGUCAACACGCCAAAGAAGAUCACCUUGAAAGAGCUUCAAGAUGAGAGCAAGUUCCCGCGUAUGGAGACUUGCGUUACUCUGCAGUGCAGUGGUACCCGGCGUAUCGAACAAAUUCACGACUACCCAGGAGACGGAGAUGAACUCAUCAACGCGCCUUGGGGAGAAGGCGCCAUCGGAACUGCCCGUUACGUAGGCGUCAGUCUCAAGAAGGUUCUCAAGUACUGUGGGCUGAAGCCGGAAGGAAAGCACGUGGAGUUCUUUGGCGCCGAUACCUACUUCAAGAAGGGCCAGGUGUACAACUACGCUGUUUCGGUGCCGACUCGCAAGGUGAAGGUCAACGAAGUUAUGCUCGCUUGGGAGAUGAACGGGGAGCCACUGCCGGCCAUCCAUGGUUUCCCACUCCGCGUUGUCGUGAUGGGCUACAUCGGUGCCAGGAGCUGCAAAUGGCUAACCCGCAUCAAUGUCAUCGAUGCACCUUCCAUGGCUCCUGUGCAGAUGAAGGAGUACCUAUACUACACCCCACAGAACGGCAAGCAGAACGUCACGUACAGUAACGGUUUCAGCAUCCAAACUAUGCCUGUUGCUAGUGCAAUCAUGACGCCUGUCGACAAGGACGUUAUUGUUCAUGAUGGAAAGAUCCGUAUGACCGGUUGGGCAUACAGCGGCAGUGGUUGGCCCGAACGAGUCGAAGUCAGUAAUGACGGAGGCGGCGUGUGGUAUGAAGUACCAUACGAGAACUUGAGCAAGAAGUACUACCACGCCUGGCGCACAUGGUGGAUCGACAUCCCCGUCGAUGCGGAAGGAUGGCUCGAGUUCUGCGUUCGUUGCUGGGAUGAUGCUUUGAACACACAACCAACCUUUGUGCGGAGCGCAUGGAACUGGGAUCUUCACGUAACAUCGUCUUGCCACCGUGUAAAGCUUUACAGUGUCAACACGACCAAGCCGGCUACUCAGAAACGUCUCAAGCAACUUGAAGAUCACGGAGCUUCACUAUUGCCCAUCACGAGACCUUUACCAUUUGACCUCCAGUCGGAUGAAGAAUACCUGGAGGAGAUGAAGAAGAUGGGAGGUCGUGAUCCGGAAGAGUAA